UUCACCCACUCAAACACUUUUCCUUAAAAUAAUGUAUAAUCAAUUCUCCAUCCGUUUCAAGAGAAAAUCCCCCACGGAAAAUAAUUCGUAAAUUCAGCCCACACACACACACGAGAUACACCGAUACGUACACCCCUCUCUGCGUGCGUACACAGAAGAAGAUGAGGUCACCGAGGAGGCCGAUCCAGGCCGUGUCGACAUGGGUGCGGCGGCAGCCGCCCAAGGUAAAGGCGUUUCUGGCCGUAAUCAGCGGGAUGGCGGCGCUUGUUAUCCUCCGCGCAAUCGUUCACGAUCACGAUAAUCUCUUUGUUGCGGCUGAGGCUGUCCACUCGAUCGGAAUCUGCGUUCUUAUUUAUAAGUUGAUGAAGGAGAAGACUUGCGCUGGCAUUUCGCUCAAAUCCCAGGAUCUAACGGCUAUCUUUCUGGCUGUAAGAUUAUAUUGUAGUUUCGUGAUGGAAUAUGACAUACACACCGUGCUUGACAUGGCUACACUGGCAACUACUUUAUGGGUUAUAUAUAUGAUCCGACUUAAACUGAAGUCGAGUUAUAUGGCGGAUAAAGAUAAUUUUGCGUUAUACUAUGUGCUGGCCCCUUGUGCUAUUUUAGCUUUACUAAUCCACCCAUCUACAUCGCAUCACAUCAUUAACCGGAUUGCAUGGGCUUUCUGUGUCUAUUUAGAAGCUGUUUCAGUGCUACCACAACUGCGCGUCAUGCAAAACACCAAGAUUGUCGAACCAUUCACCGCUCAUUAUGUAUUUGCAUUGGGUGUUGCGAGGUUCUUGAGCUGUGCUCACUGGGUUCUCCAGGUUCUUGAUAGCCGUGGGCAUCUUCUUGUGGCAUUGGGUUAUGGACUUUGGCCUUCGAUGGUUCUUAUUUCAGAAAUUGUUCAAACCUUCAUUCUGGCCGACUUUUGCUAUUACUAUGUAAAAAGUGUUUUCGGAGGUCAGCUUGUGCUGCGUCUUCCUUCUGGAGUGGUGUAAUCGGCUUCGUAAUCUUAUGUUAGUUCUUCUCUCUUCAUCAGCAGAAUUCUGAUGUGUGGCAAAAGCUUGGUAGUUGAGGCAAAUUAGAUAUAUUUAUAUCAACUUACCAAAAUACUAUAUUAGUUCGAUUGUAUCACUACUAAUUUUGGUUUCGUAGAAUGGAUUUCUUUUUUUUUUUUUU